UCAAAAAUUAAUUAGGAAUUAAGAAAUAUUUUCCCUUGUCUAAAUCAAGCAAUAAUAAAUAAAGAAAUGAGCAAUAAUUAACUCAAAGAAUUACCAGAAAUUCAAGUCUAAAGAGAGGAGUCUUACGAUAUUUUCUAAGAAAACGGAGACAUUUAGCUUGACAAAAGAGAAGAACUUGAAGAUAAUACAAAAUAGGAAAAAGUAGAAGAAGAAAGCAGUGAUUACGAUGAUGAAAAUUUAUCUGAUAUUCUUUCAGAAGAAUUAGAUAGCAAUGAUCAACUUAUAAAUUAAUUGAAUAAUCCCCAUUUCUAAAGUUUAGUUAACUAAGCUAUUAGUGUUCCUAAUCUAGAUAAAUUUGGAAUAGAUUUUCCUAAUAUUAACGCAUAUCCCUUAAGAAGACUAGUUUCUUAGAAGGAUUAGCUUGAAGUAAAUUCAUCAAACUCCUUAAAUCAUAUUCAAAAGGAAAAUUAUGAUAUUUCUCUUGGAGAAUAAUCAAGAGGAUCUGAAGGUUAUCUAUAUAACAGAAAUAGAGGUUUAUAGAAUUUAAUUUAAAGUGCAGAUGGAUAGAUUAUGUCUUAGAAUAACUUAUAAAAUAGUGAUUAACCAAGGAUUAUACAAAUAAUAGGUGAAAAAUAUGAAAAAAAUCAUAAGUUUUACAAGGUUUUAUGGAGCGACCGUUAGAUUAGCAUAGAAGAUGUAUCUGUGGUGAAUGAUUACAAGUAAUUAAAGGACGAAUAUGAAUUACAAGUAUAGUAAUUUUUAGAUAUGAGCCAUAUAAACAGAAUUGAUAGCAGAGAAAAAAUAUCUAUUUUUGCAAGAAGAAAAAGAAAGAUCUGUAUUGAAUAGAAAAAGAAGAAAAUCAGCGAUUAAAAUAAGCAAAAGUAUCGCAUUAAAAAGUUAAUUACUGAAGGUAAUUUAACUCCUGAAGAUGUACAAAAAAUUCAUGAGGAAAGAAAAAUGAGAAGAAAAAAAAUAGAAAGAAGAAAAAACAAAGAGCUAUUAGACAUAAAGGCAGAACAGAGUGAAGUUGUUAUACCUGAGAGCACUCAAAGAAGCUAUAUUACUCGUCGUAGAAACUCUUCGAUUGCAGAGAGUAGACCAUCUAUUUCAUAAUAAAAACCUUCAGAAAAUGGUUCUAUUUAACAAAAAGAUGACCAAAAAAUGAACGAGAAUUGUUAAAAUGCAAAUGAAUUAGAAUAGGAAUAAAAUUAAAAUACUUAGAUUGAAUAUAAAGUUGAAAAAAUAGAAGAAGAAAACAAAGAAAUAGAAGAUGAUUAAAAUGAAUAAAGUUAAUCUUAAAGCUAAGAGGAAUUUACACUAAGAAAAAGAAGAACAAGAUCUAAAAAAAAUAAUAAGAUUAUAAAUUUCAAAUAAACUUAAAUUUAAACAGAAAAUAUUGAACAUAAAUCAGAUUAAGGUUUAAAUUAAAUUGAUAAUUAACAAAAAUCUUAAAUUUAAGAAGAGGAAUUUAAAGAAGACAAACAAGUAAUUUAGGGUGUUGAAAUUUCUAAAAAUUUAAAAACAUAAGAAAAUCUACUUAAUAGCGAAGAUUAGAUAAGUUAAUCAAAUAAAUUAAUAAACAACUAAAAUGAAUAAUCAAUUAAUAAAGCUGAAGAAGUAAAUUCAAAUGUUGUAUGCGAAAAUUAAAUAAAUUAACAGUCUUUAAAAAAAAAUGGAUAACCAAAGAAAAUUCACUGGAAAAAGCUAAUAAAAAUGACUAAAGAAUAAAACACGAAUACUUAAAUAAUUAACCCAUAAUAAAAUAAAAAUAAUUAAAUUAAAGAAGAUCCUGUAAAUAGCCAAGAAAAUGAAGAAUAAAUUGAUAACCAUAAAACUGAUAUUUAAAUUGAGCAUAUCUCAUAAAAUGAAAAUAGCUAAGAAAUUAAGCAAGAAGCUGAGUUAAAUAAAUAAAAUUAACUAAAUAAUACACUCUAUUAUAGCAAAUCUCUGAAAAAAGAUGGAUAACCUAGGAAAAUCUAAUGGAAAUAACUAGCAAAAAUGCUAAAGGAAAAGAAUGAUACUACAGAAACUAACUUACAUAACCAAAACAUCCAAUCAGAAGAAUCUGCUAAAGUUAGAAAGUAACAUAUAAUGUAAAAUAAUCUUACAAUUAAAAAUUAAACUAAAUAAGAACUAGAAGAAAAACCAUCAAAUCUAGCCAUGAGAUCAAAACCAAUAAAUAAACUAUAAAAAAAAUCGAAGAAGCCCAAAAUUAGUAACAGCUCAAGCUCAGAGUACGAAAAGCUAAUUUAAGAAUCUCUAAAAAUUUUAAUAGAAAGUAAAAGGUAUAUAAUCUAAGAAAUUAAAAUAAAAAAUGAAGAUGUAAUUGAAAUUGAAGAUGACAAUCAACUAGAUGUAUCUUUUGAAUCAAAUUAUAUUGAAAUUUAAGAAUGA